UAGGCUCUCUUUAAAUUUAAAAUAAGAAAUAUAUAUAUAAAAAAAGGCUUAUCCACCAAAGACUUUGUGUCACUUAGACUUAGUUUUGCGGACCCCCUGUUGAAGACCUAUGCCUUAGAGAUUAAAUAGGAAAAAUAAAAGGAAAAAUAAAAAAAAUAAAUAAAUAAAAGUACAGUUUUGUAUAUUAAAUUAAAAGAGGAUAUCCGUAGCAUUCAGAGGAGAGUAACACAAAUACAGCACAGUACAGCACUUUCCAACACGUUCUGCUCUUCUUGAUCUGUCUUCAUGAAAACACAAUGAGAGGAUUAUAAAAGCCAAAGACUGGGAACAAAGAAGAGUGCCGAUCUUUGCUGAUACGACCUAUCAUCCAGCAAAUCUAAGCUUCCAGCUCCAGCAACAUAUUUAUAGCACAGGACAGACAGUGGUAUCCGUUCCCUCAUCUAGAGUCAGAUGAGAGGUUUCACAGCGUUUGCUCUGUAGACCACUGUGAAACAGUCUUAAAACCCAAAACUCAACACUAUUCUUCACCACAUUCCUACUAUCAGUCAGCGUUACUUUCGUUUCAGUUUCUUCCACCUUCCACGAACAUGGUCGCCUCUGUUAAUCUGCGCCAUCGUUCGUAUCAGCAGCCCCAGCCCUGAUGGAAGAGGAGACAGGGUUUGUUUGAUAUGGGUAGGAUUCGGUGAACUGGGCUUUUCCUGAUACCUGUUUUGCUCGCUUGUGCAAGGACAAAGAGAAAUCAGAUACCGCAGCGGAGGCAUUGUUUAUGUUUGGGAACGCUCCAGUGAGAAUGAUCCAUGGAAGCCUUUGCAUGUGGUGCAACUGCAGAAAGAGCUCUAACUCGAGCUCGAACUACGCUGACAUUCGCUGGCUGAUGAGAGGUCUCCAGGCAGCCUGUUACACAAUGACUGAUGUCUCCAUGGAUUCAGAACACUGCAAGUCAGCAGAGUGGACGUAAAAAGUUUACACAUUCUGGUUAAAACAGCAUUAUUGUGAAGCAAUAUAUAUUUAUAUAUAUGUGUGUAAGAAUAGGUAUAGGUAGAGUAUAGGUAUCUUUUAACAAUUCUGUACUGUGUAGAUUUUUUUGUUAUGUCAAGUCAUGGGAAUGGAAUGACCUGUUUGCCCAUCUUGUUGAAUAUUUACACCAAAACACAGCAGUCAGACAAAAGGAGUAGAAGAGGGCAGCCAGAAAGAGAGUAAAAGUCAAGCACGUUAGAUAACAACACGGGUCCCAGCCCUUGGUUUUCCACCAUUUAGGAGAAGUAAACCUUUAGACGGCUCAGCUAUGUCCCGACAUGUGGUCCAGCUUCAGCCCCAGAGCGGUGUUCAGGAGGCAGGUCAGUGGAGCACUGGCCUGUGUGAGUGCUACAAAGACAUAGGAGACUGCUGCUUUGCCCUGUGCUGCCUCCCAGUGUUUACCUGUAAGGUGACCAGAGCAGUGGGCGCGUGUCCCUGCCUGCCCCUGCUGGACUGUAUAGGCUGUGUACCGCCAGCCUCUUUGGCUAUGAGGGCUUCUGUCAGGGAGCGAUACGGCAUACAGGGGAGCGUUUGCAGCGACUGCCUGUACGGAUGCUGCUGCUAUCCGCUAUCUUGGCUCCAGAUCUCCAGAGAGCUGAAAAGAAGAGCAGCAUCCCACGCCUCCUCCUCCACAUCCUCCUCCACCGCCAGAUACACGGCUCUGACAUCCCUGCAGGGGGCGCACUUGGUCUAGACGCAUCCAGGACUUGUUUUUUUUUUUUUUUUUUUAACUUUUUUUUUUAAAUUAUUUAUUCUUUUACCCCCCCUGCAGUGCGUCCUCUAGAGCACAGGGGCUGAUUUAAUCACACUUCCUCUGCUCUGCAACCGCUCCCUGUUACCUCAGAAUUCAGCUGGGACACAAUGCGUCUCGCGGAGAGGAAAGCCCAUUUUGUGCCGAGAUGAAGAGAAAGAACCUCCAGAUAAAAUUCAUUUCGGUAUUAGAUACGGGUCGUUUUUGCAUGCUGAGAAACUAAUUAGCUUAUCGGAUUGUGUUGUACCAGGGGUGACAUGUAACGCGGUUCCAGCUCGAGCUCAUUAAGUUUCAGUUUGGGAAAUCUAGUUUGACAAAAAAACACACAAAUGAAGUCAAAGAGGUGGAAACGGCCAGAACCAAAAAGACAAACUGGUUUUACAAACAAAAGCAUGAAGAGCAGCGUGAGGGCCUCUAAAUUCACUAGAUCCCAAACUGAUCAGGUGUCUGUGGGAUGAUCCACUUCCCCUGGUGUUUUCAGCCUCUGGUUCCUGUAAAGUCAACUUAUCCUGUGAAUCCUGAGAGACUAAGCAGUGGUCAAAAGUCAUUCAAUCAAACCAAACAUUUUAUAGAAGAGCAAAUUUAGCUGAUGUUACUUCUGGACAUUUGGUUAAGUAGGAGUGUGAACAUAAGACAGUUUUAUAUUAUAUUAUUAAGUUUUUACAUUGUUCAUAUUUUUAGUGAAGUAAACAAUAUGAACUAUUCCACUAUUGUGAUUGUUAAAAGAGUGAAGAUCCAUCUGGAUAACAUUUUUGCGUUCCUAAAAUGUUUUAUGCCACAAAAAUAUCAUUAACUAAUGUUAAUGAAAUGUUCGUUAUAGUAGUUCUGAACACUUUCAAGUCAUCAAGUGCAGAUCUUUUAAUCUGACUUUUGGAAACUUCAUGAUUACUCACAUUAAAUAUUUUUCCAUUUGC